AUGCCGGCAAUAAUCGCCCGCACCCUCCUGGCGGGUGGGCUUCGGGACCCGCAGCUCUGCGCAGGCACGCUGGGGGCUCGGUUCACCCCCGCGGCGCCCAGGCCCGGGGCUCGGCUCCCGCCGCUGCUGCUGCUGCUGCUGCUGCUGCUGCUGCUUCUGCUGCCGCCCCCCGCCCGCUCCGCCGUGUUCACCGUCGGGGUGCUGGGCCCCUGGGCCUGCGACCCCAUCUUCGCCCGUGCCCGCCCGGACCUGGCCGCGCGCCUGGCCGCCGCCCGCCUGAACCGCGACCCGGCCCUGGAGGGCGGCCCCCGCGUCGAGGUCGAGCUGCUGGCCGAGCCGUGCCGGACGCCGGGCGCCCUGGGGGCUGUGGCCUCGGCGCUGGCCCGCGUCUCGGGCCUCGUGGGCCCGGUGAACCCUGCCGCCUGCCGGCCGGCCGAGCUGCUGGCCCAGGAGGCCGGGGUCGCGCUGGUGCCCUGGGGUUGCCCCGGGACGCGGGCGGCGGGCACCACGGCCCCCGCCGGGACGCCGGCCGCCGACGCCCUCUACGCCCUCUUGCGGGCCUUCCGCUGGGCGCGCGUGGCCCUGGUCACCGCCCCGCAGGACCUGUGGGUGGAGGCUGGCCGCGCGCUGGCAGCGGCGCUCCGGGCCCGGGGUCUGCCCGUCGCCCUGGUGACCUCCAUGGAGCCCUCGGACCUCGCUGGCGCCCGGGAGGCCCUGAGGAGGGUCCGCGACGGGCCCAGGGUCAGAGCAGUGAUCAUGGUGAUGCACUCGGUGCUGCUGGGCGGCGAGGAGCAACGCCGCCUGCUGGAGGCCGCCGAGGAGCUGGGCCUGGCCGACGGCUCCCUGGUCUUCCUGCCCUUCGAUACGCUCCACUACGCCUUGUCCCCAGGCCCUGAGGCCUUGGCUGCACUCGCCAACAGCUCCCAGCUUCGUAGGGCCCACGAUGCUGUGCUCACCCUCACGCGCCACUGUCCCCCGGAAAGCAGCGUGCUGGACAGCUUGCGCAGGGCCCAAGAGAUCAAGGAGCUGCCACCUGACCUCAAUCCACAGCAGGUGUCCCCGCUGUUCGGCACCAUCUACGACUCGGUCUCCUUGUUGGCGCGAGGCGUGGCGGGAGCGCGGGCAGCGGGAGGUGGCGGCUGGGUGUCUGGAGCAGCUGUGGCCCGUUACGCCCGGGACGCCCAGGUCCCUGGCUUCUGCGGGACCCUGGGAGGAGUCGAGGAAUCCCGGUUUGUACUGCUGGACACGGACGCGGCGGGGGACCAGCUGUUCGCCACGCACACGCUAGACCCCGCCCAGGGCUCCCUCCGCUCGGCUGGGAACCCGGUGCACUUCCCUCGCGGGGGACGGGGGCCUGGGCCCGACCCCUGGUGCUGGUUCGACCCCGAGGACAUCUGCAACGGAGGAGUGGAGCCCGGCCUCGUCUUUCUUGGCUUCCUCCUGGUCGUUGGGAUGGGGCUGACCGGGGCCUUCCUGGCCCAUUACCUGAGACACCGGCUACUUCACAGCCAAAUGGCCUCUGGCCCCAAUAAGAUCAUCUUGACUCUGGAUGACAUCUCCUUCCUCCACCCGCAGAGAAGCAGCUCCAGAAAGGUAGUCCGGGGGAGUCGUUCAAGUCUGGCUGCCCACAGCGUGGCAGACAUUCGCAGCCAGCCCCCUGACAGCUCCAACAUUGGCCUCUAUGAGGGAGACUGGGUGUGGCUGAAGAAAUUUCCAGGGGAUCAGCACAUAGCUAUUCGGCCAGCAACCAAGACAGCCUUCUCCAAGCUCAGGGAGCUGCGGCACGAGAACGUGGCCCUCUACCUGGGGCUCUUCCUGGCGCGGGGCGCGGAUGGAGCCGUGGCGCGGGGGGAGGGCAUCCUGGCUGUGGUCUCGGAGCACUGUACCCGGGGCUCCCUCCACGACCUCCUUGCCCAGAGAGACAUAAAGCUGGACUGGAUGUUCAAGUCCUCCCUCCUACUGGAUCUCAUCAAGGGAGUGAGAUACCUGCACCAUCGAGGCGUCGCUCACGGGCGGCUUAAAUCCCGGAACUGCGUGGUGGACGGAAGGUUCGUGCUCAAGGUCACCGACCACGGCCACGGGCGACUGCUGGAAGCGCAGAGGGUGUUACCGGAGCCACCGAGCGCGGAAGACCAGCUAUGGACAGCCCCAGAGCUACUUCGAGACCCUGCCCUGGAGCGUCGGGGGACGCUGGCCGGCGAUGUCUUCAGCCUGGGCAUCAUCAUGCAAGAAGUCGUGUGUCGCAGCGUCCCCUACGCCAUGCUGGAGCUGACUGCCAAGGAGGUGGUGCAGAGGGUGCAGAGCCCCCCUCCGCUGUGUCGGCCUUUGGUGUCCAUGGACCAGGCGCCCAUGGAGUGCAUCCAGCUGAUGGAGCAGUGCUGGGCAGAGCAGCCAGACCUUCGGCCCUCCACGGACCGCACCUUCGACCUGUUCAAGAGCAUCAACAAGGGCCGAAAGAUGAACAUCAUCGACUCCAUGCUGCGGAUGCUGGAGCAGUACUCAAGCAACCUGGAGGACCUGAUCCGGGAGCGCACGGAGGAGCUGGAGCUGGAAAAGCAGAAGACAGACCGGCUGCUCACACAGAUGCUGCCUCCGUCAGUGGCUGAGGCCUUGAAGAUGGGGACACCUGUGGAACCUGAGUACUUUGAGGAGGUGACGCUGUAUUUCAGUGACAUCGUGGGCUUCACCACUAUCUCAGCCAUGAGUGAGCCCAUUGAGGUGGUGGACCUGCUCAAUGACCUCUACACUCUCUUCGAUGCCAUCAUUGGAGCCCACGACGUCUACAAGGUGGAGACAAUUGGGGACGCCUAUAUGGUGGCCUCGGGGCUGCCUCAGCGGAAUGGGCAGCGGCACGCAGCAGAGAUUGCCAACAUGGCGCUGGACAUACUCAGUGCGGUGGGCUCCUUCCGCAUGCGCCACAUGCCCGAGGUGCCUGUGCGCAUCCGCAUCGGCCUGCACUCUGGCCCGUGCGUGGCGGGCGUGGUGGGCCUCACCAUGCCGCGGUACUGCCUGUUUGGGGACACAGUCAACACCGCCUCGCGCAUGGAGUCCACCGGGCUGCCUUACCGUAUCCACGUGAACAUGAGCACCGUGCGGAUUCUCCGCGCCCUGGACGAGGGCUUCCAGGUGGAGGUGCGAGGUCGCACCGAGCUGAAGGGCAAGGGCGUCGAGGACACGUACUGGUUGGUGGGCAGACGCGGCUUCAGCAAGCCUAUUCCUAAACCGCCGGAUCUGCAGCCGGGGGCCAGUAACCACGGCAUCAGCCUGCAGGAGAUCCCCCCUGAGCGGCGCCAGAAGCUGGAGAAGGCGAGGCCGGGGCAGUUCCUGGGAAAGUGAGGCCACCGCGGGCCAGGGUUAUUCUGGAAGGUCCUUUUCCUGAAAGUUGCUGCUGUGGGUGACCAAAAGUCUGGCUAAUCCUGGUGGCUUCUGUCCAGCUCUGCCUCAAAGAAUUCUGGGCCUUUACAAGAGUUGGUUGCAAACCAGCUGUGCUGUGUGACUUCGGGAACGUCUUAUGCACUAUCUGGGCUUGGGUUCCCUUCAAUGGUCAAACGAGGGGUGGCCUAGGUGGUUUCCACAGCCCCUUCCAGUCUUAACAGCUGGGCUUCAGAAUGGCUGGACUCAGGAUAUGGGGCACUGUGGUAUCUGGCCACCAGCCCCUAAGGACCCUGAGCUCAUCAAGGGUUGUUGGGGGGUGGGAAGUGUUUCUCCACUUUUCAGGGCCCUUCAAGGCCCCAGAAGGGAGAUCUGGGAUUGGGUGCUCCAACCCCAGAGGAAGUGGACACCUUGUGUUCCACCUAGUAGGGUUUGUCCAGUGGCCUGAGGAGGAAAGGGUUUCUGUGUAGCCUCAAGCCUCCUUCUCAAUUCUAUUUCUCACUAGCCGGAAACUGGCUCCUUGUCAUGUAGGUGUAACCAGGUUACUUUCCCAAGUGCAGAGAAAAGCUUGUUUCAAGGCUUUGGGUAAAGAAGUUACACAAACCGCACCAACCUUUACUAACCAGAGCUCCCAAGGUAUAGUAACAGGGCCCUGCUGAGCAGGUGGCUGGACAGGAAAGCCUCUCUGCCUAGACCUUUGUAACAAGUGUCAGCCCUCUGUCCUGGCAAGUCCCCAAUUGAAGUUUCCUUUGUGGAACUCUGACGUUCCAGACACUGGGCCUUGAAACAUUUUUGACUCUUGGUGCCCUUUGCCAUCGCUGGGGUCCCUGGAAGAAGUUAGCAGCAGCUGUGGCCACCUAGGCUGCCACCACGUGUGGUGAGCGUCGAGCACCUGGAGGUGUACAAGCAAGGGGACAUCAUUGACCAGGGAUAUGACAGUCAGAGGGCAGUCCUAGGUGGAAGGAUGAACUAAAUUCUUAGACCAGCAACAUUGGCCUCACCUGCAAGGUUGUCCAAAAUGCUGAGUCUCACACCCUGUUCCCUGAGUCAGUAUCUGCAUUUUAACAUAUUCGCUCAAGGUAUUCCUGUGCACGUUAAAGUUUUCAAAGCAUGAAACUAAAUGAUCCUACGAUCUCUAAAAUCUUAGAAUCUCUAAGAUUUCAUAAAAACCAAGCUGUAAACUAGCUAUAUCAGACUUGCUUUCUUUAACCUAUGGAGUGGGGUUUUUGGUUUGUUUUUUGUUUUGAGCUAACAUUUAAAAGUCAAGAGAUACCACAUUUUCAAAAUUUGUACUAGAUUUCCUUCUUGAAAUCCAAAGAGCUCGCCACACAGGGCUUGCACAACAUUGCCCUGCUGGAGCUGAAGAGGGACAGUCCCCUUCAUCCAGGACUUUUCGCCUCUCAGUUCUCAGUCCCCAGCCCUCCUUGUUGCUCUAAGACACUAAGAUUUUUGGACCGCUUGUUAUGAACCGAUAAGGCACCGGUAGGCAUUUGAGCACAGGACUCCUGGAUUAGGCUCUUAAGCGCCCCUGGAGGUUGCUUUGCCCUUUUUUUUUUUUUUUAAACUGGUAAAAUCAGCAAGCUUAGUGACCUUCCCCUUCUUCCUAAAGGUAAAGAGUGUAUAAGAAAUCUAAAACUCAGCACUUGCAGGCUCUGGUUAUUUAAGGUGGUGCAGCUAUAGUGAGUAAUUUAGUGCAAUUUUAAAAAAUAUUUUUAAUUGAGUUCAGAGAUGAUGAAUUAAAUAAAACUGACACUUUAAAAAAUAAUGAGAACAUUAUUUAAGCUCUUAAAUUUAAGAUUUUCUCUGUACUUCGGUCCCGGGAGUUGAAGGGCAGAUUCUACAUUUUUAGCAUUAGGCCUAGCUGUGUGGAGAGGGGUGCCUCUCCCAACCUUGUAAUUCUCCCUCCCUGACUCCCUGCAUGCCUGGGGGCAAGGGAAGGUCAUGGUGUGUAAUUCAGGAAGCCUCAAGGAAGUACAAGACCUGAGUUAGAUGCAGGGAGAUUAGCGUGACAGGGUCGGGCAGGGCACCCUCAAGAGGAAGAGGAGGACCAGCCAGGGCACUGGCACCCGAUCUGUCUAGAGUAGGGAUGGAACAAGCAGGACUGAGCCUGUCCCUUGAGUUUCUAGGCUGGGGCCCUUGAGUUUCUAGGCUGGGCCGCCUCAGUGUCAAGUCAGCAGAUAUGACUGAGGGAGGAGCCUGUGAAGGAGAGUCCCGUUCUCUUCCCCAGCUAGAACUUGGGGACAUCACACCCCCAGAGCUCACAGAGAUGUGCAGAGCUAAAGAAGAGAGAAGAUUAAGCCUGUCUCCUCUUUGUCCCCCUGUCUCCCCCGCUCAACCUCAGUCUCCCCUUCUCUCUCUGUCUCCUUUCUGUUCCUCAGUCUCACUCUCUCUCUGCCUCAGUCUCCUCUUUCUCUGUCCCUCAGUCUCCCAGCUGUCUGUCCCUCAGCCUUCUUCUCUUUGCCCUGCAGUUUCUCCCUGUCUUCCUCUGAAGUUUCCCCCAUUUCUGUGAAACCUUCUUCCUGAGCCCAGCCAACUAUCCAGCCUUAGAGCCUGUUACUCCCCACCCACUGACCCCGUCAUUCCUGGGACCCAGGUAACUCCUAGCCCAUGCGAGCACCUGGCUUGGUCAUUAGGCACCCCGUCCUCAGAUGUGUUUACACUGCCUCUGCCAGCUGGCCUACCCUAGGAGCCCACGCUUGAAGCUGCCCUUGCCUUUGGGAUGGCUCUUCGGCUGGGACUGGCGACAGCUGAAGAAGGGGCCUUCCACAACCACUGCAGCAGUCCCAUAGCAGGGAUCCACAUCUGUCCUGGGGCUCAGCUGGCACCUUUCUCUGUUCUGCUCCUUGGGGCUGGGCCCUGCCCCCACCCCCAUCUGCGGUGGGCCCAGGCACCUUCCUUCUGGGGAGGUGGGGUGAGCUGCUCCUUGGUGGGGAUUUGUGACACUGCAUUGCUAGGCUGUGUUUCCCAGAUCCUCUGGACCAUGCACUGUGGGCACCAGGCCGUAAAGUAUGCUGAGGUGGCUGGGUCCUAGGAGGGUGGGGGCUGAAAUAAAGCUGUGCUUUCCUCCAUUUCAUGGUGUGUGGUGCUUUUGGCCUAGAGAGGUGAUCUGAUCAUCCCCAUCCCUGGAAUGUUCAAACCUGGCAUUGCCCAGGAGGGUUUCAGGUAGGAUGACCCCUCGAGAUGACCUGGGGGGUGGGGGGCAAGAGUGAGCUGGGGCCAGCAAUCCACAGGAUCUUCUCUGCUCAAGGGGCUCUGCUAUAAGGGGGCCAGGCAGGGAAACCUUAGGCCUUCAAGCUUCUGGAAAAGACCAGAAGCUCUGGAAAAGUGUGGUGCGGCCUCAUCCCUUGG